AUGGCGGUGAGAGGGGUGAGAAACAGACUGGAUAUAGAUGAACUGAUCAGCAAAAGAGAUAACAUCUCACUGCAAGGCACAGCAACUAUCAUCACAGCUGCAAAAGAAGCAGGAGAAGAAGGAGAUAUAAUAAUGAAAGUGAUGCUUCUGCAGCUCAUUGAUGCUACUGUCUUCAUCUUCAACCUGGCUUUCUUGACAGUCACAGAGGCUGCCACUGCAUCAUGA